ACACCGCGGAGACAAACUCGCUGUUGUUGCGGACUGAAGUGACCGGCGGUCGGUGGAUCUGUACGCGGCGGACAGCGGACACUCACACCGGGCUGUGAUGAACCUCUGCGGUCUGAAAACACACCGAACCCCCGGUCCUUAUAACACCUGGAGGAUUUAAGUUCGCCUCAAACUUUCCGCGCGGCUCCUUGCUCUGAACUCGGUCACUCGUCCGUCUGUCUGGCCUGUAAACCGGAGCGUCCUCCACAUGUUUCCGCCUCGUUCCUGCUAGUUUCCACAACAACCAGGUGAGCAGGCCGUGGUUUCCCCGGUGACCUGCGCAGGUAACGCGGCUAGGUUUACCUUUACGCACACGGUGACGCACGGAUAUCUUUGACGCUCCCCUUUCGCAACACGGCUCUACCGAAGCCGCCGGAGAACACAGAGAACCGGGGAGCCGCCGGAGCACCAGGACGGGCAUGGAUGUACCUGGAGAGAGCGAGACCCGGCGGGAGGAAGCACGGAGGACCCCCGCGGUGAGGAAGAGGAGGAGGUCGGCAGCGACGGAGACGAUGUUCGCCGUCGGUUUUAUCUGCAUCCAAGUCCUCGCCAUCCAGGCCUUCUCCAUCCAGUUCACCAAGGAGCCAAAGUCCCAGGAUGCUUUGCACGGACGCAGCGCCAUGCUCCGCUGCGAGGUCAGCGACCCAACCAACAUCAGGUACUCCUGGCUGCACAACGAGCAGCCCCUGCAGAACGACGACCGCCGCUUCCAGGAGGGCAGCAACCUCAAGUUCACGGCGGUGGAUCGCCAGCUGGACGCCGGAGACUUCAAGUGCACAGCGGAAAACCCAACGGUGGGGGAGGUGCUCUUCUCCACCAACGCCUCCUUCAACAUCAAGUGGUUAGAGAGCGGCAGUGUGACUCUGAAGGAGCCGGCGUCAGAGGGCGAGAUCGAGAGCUCGGCGCCCGUCACGCUGCGCUGUCACAUCGAUGGACACCCACGGCCGACAUGUCAGUGGUUUAAAGACGGCGUGAAGCUGACGGAGAAGAGCCAUCAGAUCAACAACAAGGAGAGGACGCUGACCAUCAGGAGCGCCAGCCCGGACGAUAACGGCCUCUACUACUGCUGCGCCAAGAACGCAGCCGGACACGUCUGCAGCAACAGCAACUUCACCCUCAACAUCAUAGAUAAGAGUUUUCCUCGGCAGGUGGUCGCUCCGGAGGACCAGGUGGUGCUGAGGAACGAGGAGGCGGCGUUUCACUGCCAGUUCACCGCCGUGCCCGCCCCCACGCUGGAGUGGUACCACGAGAAAGAGCUGCUGGUUAACAAGUCUCGGGUGAUCCUGAUGUCAAACGGCUCGCUGUUCAUCACUCAGGUCAAACCCCGGAACACGGGGACCUACAGGUGUGUCGGCCGGGGCGUCAGCGGGGUUCAGGUCACGCUGGAAGCCUCCCUCCUCAUCGCAGAAAUCGAAGACAUGGUGCCCAGAAUGUCGAAGGUGUUCACGGCGGACACCCUGCAGCGGGUGGCGUGUCGCCCCCCGCGCGGCAGACCCGAACCCGAGGUGUGGUGGGAACGAGAAGGACAGCGAGUCCCCGCGGAGGGCCGGGUGUACCAGGACGAUCUGGACCUGGUCUUCAGUCCCACAGAGGGGGAAGACUCGGGGAUCUACACCUGCGUGGCUCAGAACAAGGCGGGGCGCAGGACUCAGGAGGUCACCUUCACCGUGGCCACGGCCCCGGUGUGGGUGACGAGGCCUCAGGACAGCCUGUUAGAGGAGGGGAAACCCGGUUUCCUUCACUGCCACGCUCAGGCCAACCCCGAACCUGAGGUCACCUGGUACCGCAACAGCAUGGUGGUCACAGCAGAGGACUCUCGCUUUAAGCUGUUUCCUAACGGCAGCCUCAGGAUCAAUAACGUGGAGGUGUAUGACGGACAGAUGUACAGCUGUGAGACGUUAACUGCAGCCGGGAGACUCAGUGGGCACGCCAGAGUUACUGUUCUGGAGAAGCUGAAGUUCACGCCGACCCCUCAGCCCUCUCAGUGCCUGGAGCUCGACAACGAGAUCACCAUCCAGUGCUCGGCUAAAGGCAGAGAGCCCCCCACCAUCCGCUGGACCACAGCAGACGGAGGAGAGCUGCCGCCUCACGUGGAGCAGAGGAACGGCCAGCUCCACUUCACCAAAGUGACCCGCAGCGACGCCGGGAACUACACCUGCAUCGCCUCCAACAGCAUGCAGGGGGAGAUCAGAGCGCUGGUGACCCUCACCGUGGCCGUGUACAUUGUCUUCAGGUUGGAGCCGGAGAACACGACGGUGUAUCAGGGUCACACGGCCGUCCUGCACUGUCAGGCCUCCGGAGACCCUGAACCCCACAUCCACUGGAUGGUCAAAGACAAGACGCUCGACAUCAGCAAGAACAGGAGGAUCCAGAAGAUGCCAAACGGCUCUCUGGUGAUCAGAGACGUGACCACGGAGGACACGGGCAGGUACACGUGUGUGGCCGGAAACAGCUGCAGCAUCAAAGACCGCGUGGCCAAGCUGUUUGUCGUGGACAAACCAAACCACUCCUACGACGAUGACGGGGACAAAGCUCCGUACAAGAUGAUCCAGACCAUCGGCCUCUCCGUGGGAGCAGCUGUUGCGUACAUCAUCGUGGUGCUCGGACUCAUGUUCUACUGCAAGAAGAGACGCAACGCCAAACGCCAGCAGAAAGGCGGCGACGGAGAGGAGCCAGAGAUGGAGUGUCUCAACGGAGGGGCCGUUCAACAAAACGGACACACCACCACAGAGAUCCAGGAGGAAGUGGCGCUCACCAACAUGGGCAUCACGGCAACGACAGAGAAACGCCACAGCCACGUUAACAACGACAAGCUGCACUUCCCUCGAGCAAACCUGCAGACCAUCACCACUCUGGGUAAAGGUGAGUUCGGCGAGGUGCUGCUCUGUAAGGCUAAGGGUCUGGAGGAGAGCGAGGACGAGUCGGUGGUUCUGGUGAAGAGUCUGCAGACCAGAGACGAACAGCUUCAGCUCGACUUCCGCCGAGAGGCCGAAAUGUUUGCCAAGCUCAGCCACCCCAACGUGGUCCGCCUGCUCGGUCUGUGCAGAGAGGCGGAGCCUCACUACAUGAUCCUGGACUACUACGACCUGGGAGACCUCAAGCAGUUCCUGAGAAUUUCCAAAAGCAAAGAUGACAAGAUCAAAUCUCAGCCAAUCAGCACCAAGACCAAAGUUUCCAUCUGUGCCCAGGUGGCUCAUGGGAUGGAGCACCUGUCCAAUCACCGCUUCGUCCACAAAGACCUCGCCGCCCGAAACUGUCUGAUCAACAGUCAGAGACGAGUGAAGGUGUCGUCGCUCAGCCUCAGCAAGGACGUCUACAACAGUGAGUAUUAUCACUACAGACAGGCGUGGAUCCCGCUGCGCUGGCUCCCUGCUGAGUCUGUGUUCGAGGACGACUUCUCCACAAAGUCUGACGUCUGGGCCUUCGGGGUGCUGAUGUGGGAGGUGUUCAGCCACGGGGAAAUGCCACACUCCAAACUGAACGAUGACGAGGUGCUGGAAGCUCUGCAGACGGGGAAGCUGAAGCUGCCCCCUCCUGACGGCUGUCCGUCUAAAAUCUACAAGCUGAUGUGUCGCUGCUGGGCGCCCAGCCUGAAGGAGCGUCCGUCCUUCACCGACAUCGUCCACGCGCUGGGGGAGCUGCCGUCUGACAGCAAAGUCUGAGACGACCAUCAGCACCCCUGAAUCUGAGGGGAACUCUGACCAAACCCCUCCCCCUCCCCCUCCCCCUCCCCCCCACCCCCUAAAUAAAGACAGGAUGCUGGAUUAUUCGCUCACAUUUCAGGGAGGAGGGUUGAGGAGAAAACAUUUUUUAUAUGCAUUUCAAACCGCGGCUGUGUGGACGAGACUUCUUUGAUAAUCAGAGGAAACAGACUCGUUGUUGGGGUGGACGGCGUCUCGACGGCAGAGCGGAGUUUACGUUUGCCUUAACAGCAGCAUGGACCACCGACCCCGCCCACCCUGAGCCCAGCCUGUGGUUUCACUGUGACCCUGCCUGCCUGCCGUACUGUCCCUGAGACCUCUCUGAUCCACGGAGCCUCACAACCUCAGUGCCUCUACCCCUCCACACACACACACACACACACACACUUAAAACUAGGGCUGAUUUUUAGGGGCUUUGGAUUCUCAGAUUAAUGGAAAGCAUCUUGAAUCACACUAAGGCUGUGAAAAUGUUCGAUACCUUUUCGAUGCCACGUUUAAAAAACGAUUGAAUCUCUGUUCCUUUGCUGUUCCAAGGAGCCUAAAAGUACAGAAUGAUCAAAUGUUGCAGGUCAACUCCUGCACUAUAUCUCAGUCUCUCUCUCUCAUGUUGUCUCAUUGUAUGAGAACAUCAGCAACAAUUUGACAUUUAGACAGCGAGCAGGAGUUGCAAUAUCUGCAAUAUUUGAUCAUUAAAAAGAAGAAAUCACACAAUAUUGGACGCCUAGGACUUCUGUCUGUGUUACCGUGGUAACUAAAGAGGUUUGGAUAUUAAUUGAAUUGUACCAGAAUCAUAUCAAAGUUUAAUAUUCUGGUAUCGUGACAGCCCACCCCCCCUGACUGAUUUACAGAAAUGUGAGAUGAACGUUUCUCGUGCUUGACGGGUGACAGUUCUGAAAAAACUCUCUGAAAGUUAGAGCGUUAAGAUCCUCGAAAAUUGGCGGGAAAAUUGUGCAACUGUGGAGCUUUGAAAUCUUUUUAAAGACUCUAUAAACCAAGUUUAGCUUAGAGUACAAUCAGCUGCAUCCUGAGUGUGUGAGUCUGUGUGUUUGUGUGUGUUAGUGUUUGUGUGUGUGUGUUACUAAGCUGUUUCCGUGUUAGAAAAAAGAAGUGGAGUCGGGGUUUUGCAUGAAGGUUUGUCGUCUGUUACUCUUGUUAUUUGCAGCGUGAGGAAACUUGUGAGAAGAAGUCAUCGGGAGAAACUUCAGGAACAUGGAAAAAAAAGAUGGAGUGAAGAGCCAACGUGUUGAACAGAUGGGAUUGUACCAGUUUGGGCUUUUUAUUUUAAAGAGUGUGUUCUUGUGUUAACUUUAAGGUGCUAAUCGGUCGGCACAGAUGGGUGAGAACACCCAGCGUGUAAACUUGAUCAUGUUGCAGGGAAGCAGCCUAUCACUGUGUCGAACCUGCAGCAUCAUCUCCUCAGUGGUCCAAUCACAGCGUCCCUCUCGGUCCAGGCGUGUUGUGCAAUGCUGCAGAGCGGACCGUCACAGUGUGUACAUAAUGUAGAAGCCAUGCACUAACUUCACUUAAAGAACCCCCCCUCUCUCGCCCUCUCUCUCCCUCACCCUCGCUCUCCCUCUCUUUCUCUCUCUCACCCUCUCUCUCCCUCUCUCUCUCUCUCUCUCUCCCUCUCUUUCUCUCUCUCUCUCACCCUCUCUUUCUCUCUCUCCCUCUCUCUCUCUCUCUCACCCUCUCUCCCUCUCUCACUCCCUCUCUCACCCCCUCUCUCUCUCCCUCUCUCUCAUGUUGUGUAGUUGGUCGUGCAGGUACCUGUUUAUUUAUGAUGAAGGUCCUGUCUUAUUUUCUGUAUCUGUUUAUAAUACGAAGGUACGUCUCUGAAGCUCCGCCUCCAUCCUCACGGUCCAAUCAGUGAGCGCUCAGGCUGCUGUCCAGCUAAAGACGCUAACACAGUACAAAGAGGUCAAAAGAGUGACUGCUGGUCACCAGUACUCGUUUAAGUGCCUGCGAAAUGAAGGAUUCUCUUUACUGUUUCCCUCUUUUUUUUACGUUAUCUAAUCAAAGCAAAGGCCUUUGUUAUUGAAGCUGUUUUUAUACGUUGUUUUUAGUGUAAUGUUUUUAUGAAUGCUAGGCGCUCACACCUAGACGUGCUGUUUUUUUAAUCUGCUUCUGCAAAUGUCCACAGUAAUCCCAGAUAUUUACAAAAAGUAUACAUGCUGCUGUCAAUAAAGGUUCACAGUGUUUUUAA